CCGAAAACGAUCCUAUUUCAUGUUUGCUGUUGUUUAAGCGCCUUGUAUUUAAAUCUGAGCUCAUUAUCAAACAGCUCGAUCAAAACCAUCCGAUCAGUGAAAAGAUUAUGGAUACAGUUAGCGAGAAUCUAGUUUCAGUGUGUGAGAUGCGACAACGUGCUGGAUGGCUCAGCGAUCUCGCAAAACGCUUUGUCACCUUCAUCAAGCAUUGUGGUCCUGAAAUCUUUAUCAGAAUGGGCCAAGUUUAUCAUGAUCUGGUGGGCACUGAGCGUCGGUUGAAUGGUAUUGUCGAGCUUCUUCGUACUGAUGAGUUGAACAAUUCCGAUUGUAUUUCGGAUUUGCAAAGAAUGAUUGCUCAGCUGGAGCAUUUGACAGAGGUCUAUUUGGUGCAAAACGGCGAAAGCAUCUUGGCAGACCAAUUCUUUGGUCUCACACGAGCACUUGACCUCAAUGCAGAUAGAAUGACUGUGGAACUGACCUUUGUCAAGCAGAUAGUUGAGAAUGCGAUCAAAAAGGAGGGUAUUAGUAUCACAGAAGGUGAAGAACGAUUGGAUUACGACUACAUUGAGCCGUUGGGUCGUCUUAUCAGCCAUGCAAAGAACAGCAAGAUUCUGGCAAAGUAUGUGUGUUGCGAAUAGCGGGACAAGGAUACGCCUUUUUUUCUCGUAAAACUUACCCCUUGUCUUUUAUGGAAUAGGAAAUUGCUGCGUCAAUUGGA